UUCCCUCCGUACUCUCACCUACUCACGGCCGUGGUUGAAGUAUCCCGUAUUGUUCUGAUGCUCUUUUAAUGUCCUUUAAGCAUAAUCGAUUUAUCUACCCAAAGCGACCUAAUAUCUUCUGAUUCUGGAGAAGAACCAACGCUAGCCGAAGCCAAUCACGCUGCCUGCCGUUCCUCGUGUGACGGGAAGCUGUUUGAAUUUUCGAUGGAGUCCCUCUACCGACACAGAGAAUCGUUAGAUUCCGCCUUCCAUAGCCUGCCUUCCUCCGACAAACGUUUUCCGGUUUUCCGGUUUGCCCCGCAUGAGGAAAUUGGCCGGAUUGAGUCCACGUACAGCCGGGCGUCGUGGUCAACGGAGUCCAAUACACUCGAUGGGUCUUGGCUUCGCACGCCGGACUUCAGCAUCCUGUCCGCGGCUGGGAUUAUUCGUUCAUCUCCAAACACAUCCUUCCAGUCGCAAUUCUGCGACCCCAUAUCUCGUGCACUCGACCUGCUGCAUGGCCGCAUCUCUGUUGCGACCACGGAUUCGUGCGACUUAUAUGCGCAGGCCAAAGGGUGUCUUUCGCCAUACGGUCAUUUGCCAAUCUUAGCUCCAGAUGAUCUUCCGCUGCGAGAAAGCACUCUGUUGCCCCGGAGUCCCUCGCCGGUCGCUGAAUCUCCUUCGGCUGAAACAAAGGAUGAGUUCGACUGCCAACUACAAUCGAUCCGCGUUCGCCGCUUCGCCCGUGAUUUCGGGUACAUGGGACUGUUACAACCAGCUGAACAGUAUAAUUUCGGGAGGCCGGCCAGCGAUAUCUCCGCGUUAUCAUCCGUUUCUUCGUCAUUCCAAUCUUCUCAUACUCCUGGAUCCACUCAUACAGCCCCCGACGCAAGGUCCGGCCAGGAUGCCGAGGUAGAUGGGAAUUGUCUGAAGGGUCGGAACCAGGGUACGAGCGGGUUGAGGGAACACCCGGAUGGCCAGCAGGAAAAUUACGGAGACGACACAUGUAGCGUCGCACUCCGGAACUCACCCGCAGCCCGGGGGAGUAGCACCAACGACCUCGUUUGUGCAGCAGAAGCCGAUGAAGACGAUGACGAUGACGACGACAGCGAAUGCGCAUCUAUUGACAGCAGGCGUUGGAGCGCCCUACUGGAGGAAGUUAGUUUGAUGGUCGGGAUGUCUGACACGGACCGUAGUACUUGCUGCGAUUUCUCCCCGGCAGAGGAUCCGCCCGUCAAAGACGGUGGUGGUUUUUCUGUCAUCAGCGACGAGUGUUGCUCAUUGAACUCUUCGCAAGCACUGGGGUCUGCGAACGUACCCCGACUCCCAUGGGAGGGUUGGCAAGUCGACCUGCCGAUUAUCAUCCGCGGGUUGUGAGUAAUGGAAGGCACGUCAUUCAC